UUCAUGAUAUUGACAUGUUGAUGAGCGAUAACGACUUCUUUUGAAUUCUCGUGAUUUCGUGACACCUCUUCAAAAUUAAUAAAUUAUUAUAAAAAAUAUGAAAAUAAUAAAUUUUAGUAUACGUGUAGCAUUUUCGCAGCGAUUGUCGUAAGAAUAAACGUUAUAAAUAUAAUAUUAAAAUAUUAUACGUGUGUUAGUGACGCGUCCGUUUGCCUAUUAAUAAUUUACAUGUUUUCGAUUGCGGAGGACGUUCUAAGAUGAAAUUGAACGUAGUCUUCCUGCACCCAGAUCUGGGCAUCGGCGGAGCGGAACGGCUGGUGGUCGACGCGGCCAUGGCGAUGAAGCAAUCGGGCCAUUCCGUUCAGUUCAUCACCAACCAUCACAGCGUCUCGCACUGUUUCGAAGAGACCAGGGACGGUACGUUGCCCGUGACCGUGGUCGGCGACUGGUUGCCGAGGACGGUGUUGGGCAAGUGUUACGCGUUGUGCAGUUACGUGCGCAUGGUGUACGCUGCGUUGUACCUGACGUUUUUCACUUCCAUUCGUCCGGACGUGGUGUUCGUCGACCAGAUAUCGGUUUGCAUUCCCAUACUAAACUGGAUGCCCUGCAAAGUACUGUUCUACUGUCACUAUCCCGAUCAACUGUUGGCCGCGCACGACCACACCUUGAAGCGAUACUAUCGACUCCCGUUGGACUGGUUAGAGGAGAAGACCACUGCGUGCGCUCACACCAUCUUGGUCAACAGCCGUUUCACAUUGGGCGUUUUCGGCGAAACGUUCAAAAGUAUUAAGACCCUGCCAACGGUCGUCUACCCGUCCAUAAAUACCGAGUUUUUCGACAAUACUGAAUCCGUACAAUUGAAAGAUAUAAUAGACGUAGACAAUUGUAAAUACAUUUUAUCUAUCAAUAGGUUUGAGAGGAAGAAAAAUCUCGAUUUGGCAAUCCACAGUUUCAACUUGUUAUCCGACAAGAAAAUAAAACUCGUCUUGGCCGGAGGUUAUGACCCCUUGAAUUUAGAAAAUAUUGAAUAUUUUCGCGAGUUGGUAAAUCUUGUUCAAGACAUGAAACUCGACAAACGAGUUAUAUUUUUGAAAUCGCCAUCAGACUCUGUAAAAAUAUCACUCCUUAGAUAUUGCUUAUGCUUGGUAUAUACUCCUUCCUUUGAACAUUUUGGUAUUGUGCCAUUAGAAGCCAUGUACUGUGGCAAACCUGUUGUGGCAGUUAAUAAUGGUGGACCCAAAGAGACUAUUGAAAACGAUUUUAAUGGAUACUUACGAAAUGCUGAACCUGAGGAUUUUGCUGAUGCUAUAAAACAGUUAGUAGAAAUUGAAGGAAAAGCUGAAUUAUUUGGAAAUCAUGGUAAAAAAAGAUUCAAUGAUAUUUUUUCAUUUGGAGCAUUUAAAAAUAAAAUAGAUAGUAUAUUAGAAAAUUUAUAUAAGUCUGAAUAACAUACAACUUGAAUUUGUAUUUUGUGAUAAUCAGUUAUAACUUUAUAAGUCUUUUAUUUUAAUUUAUUUUUAUGAUUAAUAUAAAUGUAUACUUACAUUUUAAAUGGGGAAUUAAGUUAAAAGUAUAUAUUUUUCCAUUAUAUUUGUCUGUUAGAUGAUA